CUCCAGCCAUGGGCAGGUCCUGCUCAGUCCCUGGAUGAAGAAGUCUUGAGGUUCCUGAGAUACAUCAGCACCCCCCAGAUUGCAUGCAAUCACAUGAGCACAGACAGCCUCACUACUGACUCCAGCCCUGCAAAGAAGCCUUGGUCAGUCUGUCUCGAUGACAGGUUUGGCUUAGCUCAUCAGAUCCGCAGCAAGCAAUGCCGCCUCUACUCUCUAGGGCUAGGGAGUGAUGAUACCCAAUUUGAGGUUAGCAUGGCCAACAAUGGAUGUGAGGUACAUCGUUUUGAUCCUAGUGUGAAGUCGGCUCAUAUUCUGGAGAGUCAGCGCCUCUGGUAUCACCGCUUGUCUAUCGACUGGCGGGACCCGCAUCCAGCUGUGGCUGCCCAAAAACCGCAUAGCAACACCAGAAAACUGGGCACCAUUUUGAAUGAAUUUGGGCAUCACAAGAUUGAUGUUCUCAAAGCAGAUCUGGAGAGUGCAGAAUGGAAAGUUUUAGAAAAUCUUAUUCUGGAAGAUGUCCUGGAACAAAUUGGACAGCUCACCUUUGAGAUUCAUCUCCACUGGCCCGGGUUUGAGCUGUUCCUGAAGAAAGACAUUUUCAAUGCAAGUAGCUGUUACACUCUGAGUUGGGUGAAUACAAGAUGGACCUAGGAUGCAGGACCUCAUGGAGAACUCCGGGAAAUAACUUCAGAAUGAGGUGUGUCCUUGUCCAGUCUCCUCCCGCUAGCCUGUUAGCUGCUCCGGGGGGGGGGGGUGGGUUGUGUUAUCGCCUUUGUAGUGCAUGUAGCCUGGCACCUGCCCUGUGGUAGGGACACGGUUAAGACCUGUGGAUGGGAUGGACACCGGAGUGCCACAGGAGUCCAUCUCCAUCUGCCCAAAGCCUGGGCCUUCCUCCCGUUUGCCUCCGACAGAGCGGGGAUGCUUGUCCUUCUUCGUUUUAACUGGGAAGAUAACCCUCCACUUAUCUGUGUUCCCUAAAAUUCAUUAUGCAUCUAAAAUCUAUGAAUUCACCAACAUGAGGAAGAAAUUACCUAACAUUUCCAUUUUUACUGAGUUGAUGAGAUUCUUAAGUUUGUAGCUUACUGUUUAAAAGAGGGCCUUUCCUUUGACUGUCACUCCCCUCUUUCAGGGUUUUUCUUGUUCACCUGGUCAAUGACAUUCUUUAGGACCUUGUAGAUUUCAGUCAUUCCUCCUCAGCCUUUGCUGAGGCCAUGCUGUGGCUUUAUAAUCACCCCUGGUUCUGGUUUCUGGGGACUCAGACGCACCAAAUUCUGUCACCGAGCUUAAAAGCCUAGACUAUGCAGAACCUCAACUCAGGAUUCUUUUCAGACUCAGCCUUAAAUCCCCUUCUGUUCCUAUGAAACCAAGCACAAAGCAGAAUUUGGGUGUCUUUGCUGUUGCCUCCACUGACUUCAGACCUGACUUCCCAACCACAGCCUUGCCUAUCCUGUCAAAUUUUUUUUUUUUAAUACAUUAUGUCAAGGAUUAAGUGAGUUUUUCUCUACUGCCAGUUGGCAUUUGUUAGAAGACCAUGGCCUGAGAGCCAAAGUCUGUCUCUUUCCUGGGAUGCUUACAUAGUGUUUCAGUAACACCAAUCCUUUCUGUAUUUUUAGAAAUUAAACAGAAAAUGUAGGUUCUCAGUAGUUCAAAUGAUCUCCAUCAUUUUUAUUUAUGGGAUUAGACAUUUACCCCCACAAAUGAUUUUCAAAAAUUCUAUUUCAAAUAAGUCAAUUGAAUAGCAUAAAAACAAACCAAGUUAUUACCUUAUUAUAAAUUAAGUAUAUUUUCUGGCAUUUUUUACAUCAUGAGAGAGCAGGGAAACUAUAUAUCCAUUGUUUGUUCAAGAAAUUUGGGGAGAGAGUAGAAUGCUGGUUGCUACUAGACUUUAUCCCUUCUUCCCGUUUUUUACCUCCUUCUACCCCAGAUGUUCCCUGGGCUGGUUUUUUGUUUCUUGCAGUGGUUUGAAAAUACCAUGCCGUCAAGUGAGAAACCAAAAUAUGGUAGAGUUAGAUGAUCUUAUUCACUUCAGUUCAAAAGGGAACAAGACUUUCUGAAUUUUUAAAAAUACAAAUAAGCUUUUUAUUUUAAAACACAUAGUACACUAGUAAAAGUCAUUGAGGGUGGGAGAGCCAGCUUGAAUCAGUUAAAAAGUAGCAGCUAAGUUGCGCUCUGUGUCCAUAGGUAUCUCAAAAACACAAAGGGUCCAUGAAAAACUCUGAAGUGGUUUAAUGCUUAGUGUGCAUGGUAUUGCCUUCAAAACAAAGUUAACUUUAGUCCAGUUCCUGCUUGGAUUAUAUCACAGAUUCUCUCUUUUAUUUUUUAAUCAAAAUUUUAUACACUGAAGUAUAUACAAUAAACCUUUUUAUACAUUAAA